AAGAUCGAGACGAUGACGCGGUCCAACUACCUCUUCCUGAACCUCAGCGCGGACAAGCUCGCCAUGAUGAUCUCCGUGAUGCAGAAGGAGCUCUUCAGCGCGGGCGACGUCAUCAUGCGCGCGGGCGACGAGGGCGACAAGUUCUACCUCGUCGACACGGGCGAGUACGACGUCAUCAUCCGCGACUCGUCGCAGGAGCCCCAGGUCGUCCACACGUACCGCCACGCGGGCGAGUCCUUCGGCGAGCUGAGCCUCAUGUACGGCAAGCCGCGCGCGGCGACGAUCAAGUGCGUGCGCGAGGGCGUCGUCUGGACGCUCGAGCGUUUGGCGUUCCGCGCCAUCCUCAUGAAGGACAAGUCGAACUCGAGCCUCAUCGCGACGCUGUCCAAGGUCGAGGGCUUCAAGCAGCUGAGCGUGCCCCAGCUGCAGCGCGUGACGGACGCCUGCGCGACGGAGACCUUCGAGCCGGGGGCCUACAUCAUCAAGCAGGGCGACGUCGGCGACACGUUCUACGUCAUCUCCGAGGGCGAGUGCGUCUGCACGAAGACGCCCAAGGAGGGCGGCGACGAGCUCGAGCUCGUGCGGUUGGGCGCGAACGCCUGGUUCGGCGAGCUCGCUCUACUGAAGGACGAGCCGCGCGCGGCGAACGUGAAAGCG